AGCGUAUCAGUGAUGCGCUACUAACACAUUCAAAGCAAAAAUCAGACGGUUCAUACUCAGCUCAGAGAGGGCAGAUCAACAACCUCGCUGCACGAUUUAAUGUUUCUAGAAAAACAGUGAGUACCAUAUGGGCCAUUGCAAAGAAACAACUAGAGCAGGGGGUUGCCAUCAAUGUGAGAAGUCGGUUUAUAGCAAACAGUGGCAGGAAAAGGAUAGUGAUGGAUGCACAAGCAAUUGCAGAGACUCCCCUGCGGAACAGGACUACUAUAAGGAGUUUAGCAGCUGCCAUUGGUAAGCCGAAGUCCACCGUUCAUGAGUGGAUAAAAAAAGGUAUGCUUAGGAGCCAUUCUAAUGCUAUCAAACCGUACCUAACCGAUGACAACAAAGUGGCAAGGUUGAGGUUCUGUUUGAAUCAAGUUGAACCAGACAGUAUGUCCCUCCAGCCUCGGUUUAACAGUUUUCACAAUGUUUUACACAUUGAUGAGAAAUGGUUCUUUAUGUCCAAAACAUCACAAAGGUUUUACGUGCUACCCGAUGAGGUAGACCCAUACAGAACAUGUAAAUCAAAGAGGUUCAUAACAAAGGUCAUGUUCUUGUGUGUGGUUGGAAGACCACUAAUUACUGAUGAUGGAGAAGUGUUAUGGGAUGGCAAAGUUGGCAUCUUCCAUUUCAGUGAAUUAGUGAAAGCCAAAAAAAAGAGCAAGAACAGGGACAAAGGAGUUGUGGAGGUGAAACCCAUCACCAGUGUUACCAAACAAGUGACAAAAGACAUGUUAAUCAACAAAGUGAUUCCAACUAUCCAAGAAAAGUGGCCUGCACAAUUAUCUAAAGACAUACACAUCCAACAAGAUAAUGCAAGGCCACACAUUCAAGGACUAGACUCAGACUUUGUUGAUGCAGGUAAUAGCAAUGGUUUUCACAUCAGCCUAGGUAACCAACCCCCCAACUCCCCGGACUUAAAUGUACUGGACUUUGGUUUUUUCAGAGCCAUCCAGUCUCUAAAAGAGAAGUGUGCUCCAACCAGUGUGGGACAGUUGCUAGAGGCUGUGGAGGGAGCCUACAAUGCUUUAACUCCAGAAACUCUAAAUAAGGUAUGGUUGACUUACCAGCAAGUGUUGACUAAAGUAAUGGAGAAUGAAAGAGGCAACAACUACAGAUUGCCACAUAUGGGGAAAGACAGAAUGGCCAGGGCAGGGACACUACCUAAUUGCUUGAACAUUGAUCCAGAUUUAAUUCAAAAGACAUGUAGACUGCUUGACCAACAGAAUGAGAGUACACAUGAAGAUAUGGUUCAGUUCAAUACUGAGAGGGCCAGGAGUACCUAUCUUCAGAGCUGAACUGAAUCCAG